AUGGUUGAGAGGGAAGCAGCAAAAGAGAGGGAAGAAGAGAAAAAGAGGGAAGAGAUGAAAAGAGGGGAAGAGGGGAAGAGAGGGAAGAGGAGGAAAGAGUGGGAAAAAGAGAGACACGAGGGAAAAGAUAGGGAAGCGAGGAAAGAAAAAGGGAACAGAGGAAAAGGAGAAGAGGGGCGGAAGAGGGAAAGAGAAGAGGAAAAAUGGGAAAAAUUGAGAAAGAGGAGAAGGAGAGGGAAGAUGGUAAAAGAGAGAGGGAAGAGGGGAGAAGAGAGAGAGAGAGAAGAGGGAAAAGAUAAGGAAGAGGGGUUGAUGGGAAGGCGAGGAAAGCAGCAGGUUGAAGAAGAGGAAGAGGAGGGAAUGUAA